CCGUCAUCGAAGGAGUCUCCGCCAGAACCGCUCCAAUUCUGACGACUCUGUUCAAGGAAAUAUCAGCUCUCUUGGUGUCUACGCCUUAUCAAUCCGACCCUCAGACGCGAUUUUACCAGUUUCCCGACGAUAGCCUUUGCUGCCCUAUGCUCCUCCUCCUCCUGCAAUCCAUGUCGUAGCUCGCGUGCCCGCCCAAAGCAAGACUAUGACGCUCGACUCUGCAUUGCUCUAUCGACCAACCGACUCUCUUAUUCUACCUGACCGUCGAAGAUUCUUUCCCUUCAAAAUCCCAAACUCCCAUCAUCAACUCCGUCACUACAUUAGCACCUCCGACCCGGACAGGAUCUAUGUCGCUGUAGGCAGGAUCAUAUAUACUAUCCACAUCUCGUCUCGCAAACGCGAAAUCAUAACCGUCAUCCCCUUCGAGCCAAAAUGCCUGACCGCCGGGUUGGGUUGGAUCGGUAUCGGAGGCAGCGAAAACGGUGAUUGCGCAUUCAUCAAACUGGGCGACUCUGGAAUCACCUCUCCACGAACUAGGGCCGCCGCCCUCGACGCCGAUAUCGAUUCUCCGCUUCCUCUCGAUCUAGAUCCUCCCCUCAGGAGACUACCUCCACGCGCACCUGAAGUGAUUGUCCAGGAAUUCGGCGGCAGCAUCGUCAACUCCGUGACCCUCCAUCGGCUGCCAGCCCCACGCGAAGGCCUUGAUCAUGAAGAUGUUGCUGUCCUGAGCAAUAACGACAAAACCGUAAGCAUUUUCUCUCUAACUCGGCAGGAGAUGCUGGAAACGAUUCGCCAUCCAAUUUGCAUGAACUAUGCCAUCAUCUCGCCGGAUUCAAAGGUCCUAGCAGCAGUAGGAGAUGCGAAUCAGAUCUGGUUUUAUCAUGUUCGGCCAAUUACCGAUGAACACGGUCCCGUACAGGAUGGAGAUAAGCUUCUCUCUGAAUGGAAGUGGCCUCUUAUUAAGAAGGUCGACCUGGACUCUGACCCCCAUUAUGAUGAUCAGUGCUGCUUCACAAUCGCCUUCUCGCCAUGUAGCAGUCUAUGUGCAGUUGGAUCUCAGGGUGGAAUAAUCACGAUUUUCGACAUGAAUUCCAUCCUCAAUGUUGACUUGGAAGGUUACAAGGCCGGCGAAGAGGUUCUAUGUGUCUUUAGAUCAUCCAGGUCCUUCUUUGACGGCGGCGCGGUCCGCUGUAUGACCUUUUCUCCACGGCCUUGGGAUUUACUUGUUUGGGUUGAAGAUCAUGGCCGAGUGGGAGUAGCAGACAUUCGUCAAGCAUUUUCUCGCCGACAAAUUCUGAACCUGGACAUGGAAGAAGAAGGGCUCGAACGUAUACGCACCCAGAAUUUGGAUAAAAUUGAUGAUGGCGAAGGAUCGGAACCCGAAAGCGAAAACGAACCUUCUCGAGAUCCAACCCGGUCACCUGAAGAUGCUCGGGGUACUGGACGCAUGUUUCGUAGGAGAAUGCACGAGAGCCAACAAGAUAGCCAAACUAUGCGCGAGGAGCUAGCUCGAGACCUUACAGCAAGGGAACGGCAGAUUAUCGAUUUUCUGAAUACGGCUAGAUGGGCAUCAUCUAUUGAAGAAGGCCCCCAAAGGGCUCCAAGGUAUGCAAGCCCGCUUCCCGGAUCUGGUUCUUCGCCUCCUAGGGGUAGUCGCCAUUCACCGCUUUCAUCGUCCCCGCCGGAUCACUUCCCUCGGCAUGAGCACAUCAGGGAUCGUAAUCUGGAGCGCACCCGUAUAGGUGAGCCACGACGCCGUAGUUCUGUCGUCCUCUCCCAGGACAGUUCGUCUUCCCAUAGCCAGCCUAAUCCUCCCAAUUCAGCUUUAAUACCUCACCCGACGAUCACUUUACGAUGGACUGCGUCCCCAUCGCAAUUGCCACCUUCAGAUUCCCCAUUCGAAACAACUCCCAGCAAUUCAGCAACGACUUCGUCCGCCAUUCACGUCAAUGGACGAGCCAACUCUGGCUCUAAUGGACAUGAGGGUACUUCCGAAAUCGCUAUCCCGCGAGCUCGUGUGCUUUUUGACCGCUCCUUAGGAGUCUCUACAAGUAACGGAAGUGGCCAACGGCAGCGUGGCCUCCGAUCUAGGUCCAUACCCCGCCGUUCCGAGCGACCGCCGGGUGCCACAGCUGAGGUUCAAGACUCUCCAGGUGGCCCGAAUGCUGAAACACGCACGAAUCUAGCGGCCGAGCGGCUACGACUCCAGCGGCGUGCAGCCAUCGAGGAAAGUCAGCGCCUUAACCAGUGGGAGCAACAGUAUCGUCGGCUUAUGGAGUUUGAUCAACUUCGCAACAACCCUCGGUUUAGGAGUUUACGGGGCGACUUCUCGGACCGCCCUAAUCGAGAGGAAAUGGGCGUUGGGACCGCGGGAGUUGGUUGGGGCGAAGAUGGACGGACGCUGUAA